UAAAGCGAUAGGAAGGUCCGCAUCGAUAACAAUAAAACUGCGUUGUCUUCUGCGCUAGAAAGAAUGUCUGACGGACAAGACGCUGCUGCUUACGCGUUGCCCGCUGAAGUAGUCCCAGCCGGCAAUGGAGAGCAAGGAAUUGAACCCCCACCGUACUAUGGUGGUCAUGAGCAGCUGCCUGGGCCAGAUGCAGGGCUAGCUUCGGACGACCAGGCCAAGGGCAACACGGUCGACGUUCUGCUGGACGCUGGCAGGAACCGCGCGCUGGAGCUUGCUAACCUGUUUGCUGCUCAGGCUGGACAGGCGCCGGGCACAGCAGCUGACAGCAACAAACGCAAAUUUGAGGAUAGCAGCGCGGCUGAUGCCCCGGAUCUUAAGCGGCACGCCGCUGAAGUGCUUGGCCUGACAUCUGCAGCUAUACUUGGAGACGCGGCCACUGCCACCGAGAUUAUCAUGUGCCCCAGUGACAAGGUCGGACGCGUCAUUGGGCGCGCAGGCGCAACAAUUCGGGAACUGGAGGCAAGCACCGGCACGCGUGUGCAAGUAGAUCAUAAGGCUCCUGGCGAGAAGCCAGUAACGAUUUCCGGCAAGCGCGAGGACGUGGAGCGCGCGAAGAAGAUGGUGCACGACUUGAUUGCGGGAAGCGGAGAUUCGCAGCAGCAAUCGCAGCAUCAGCACAUGCCCGGCGAGGAGCAGCGGAUGCUUGAAUGCCCACCUGGCAUUGUUGGGCGUGUUAUCGGUCGCGGCGGUGAGACCAUCCGCACGCUGCAGCAGGCUAGCGGUGCGCAUAUCCUCGUGAACCAGGAUUUCCCCGAGGGCGUGCCACGGCAAAUCGCCAUCUCCGGUUCCCAUGACGCCGUGGAGCGAGCAGUCAGCAUGGUAACGGAGCUCAUAUCCGGCGAUCACGCCAACACGCAGGCCGUCAUCCAGCGGUUCGGUCUGGGCUCCACUGAGGUGCUGGAGUGCCCCAAGGUUAUGGUGGGGCGCAUCAUCGGCAAGGGCGGCGAGACCAUCAAGGACCUGCAGAAGCGCUUCAGCGCCAGCAUCCAGAUUGACCAGUCCUCCACGCCCUGCAAGGUCACCAUCACCGGACCCACCCACCAGAUCGGGCAUGCCAAGCGGGCAAUCGAGGACCUCAUCCGGCCAACCAACAUGGGAGGCCCACGGUCUGGUCCCGGGCCCGCCUACGGUGGCGGCUACAACGCCCCGCCCUACCCCGGCGGACCCUACGGCGGCUACGGAGGCUUCGGUAUGCCCCAGCCCGGCUACGGGGCGCCAGGCGGCUACCCACCAUACGGCGGCUACCCGCCUUACCCAGGCUCGGUGCCACCGUACGGCGGCUACAACGCGUACGGCGCCCCAGGCUCCGACCCGUACGCCAACCCCGGCGGCUACAACCCUAGCGGCUACAACCCGGCGGCACAGCAGCAGCAGCAACAGCCCGCUGCUGCCCCCCAGGCGGCGGCUGGCGGGGGUUCCUCGCUGUGGCAGGCGCUGCAGGAUGACCAGGGUCGCACCUAUUACUACAACACGCAGACCGGAGUGAGCCAGUGGGAGAAGCCAGCUGACAUGCCGUAAUGCUGACAUGAAGCGCCCCUGUGGCUGCGUGCAAUGUGUGUUGUCGUCCUGCGUGUGUGCAUCUGUGCUGCACUGUUUACCAUCAGCGCUGUUGUCAUGAGCUUGGCUGCUGCUUCCCUGCUCGAGGAUUGCGUUGCUUCUCGCCUUGUCAGCGUCAUGAGAUGGUAUGCCCUGGCUGCUGCUGCUCCUGAUGCGUCACGCCAUGCGCCACGCUGUCAUCUGAGCACCUGAGCGCUGCAGGUCGCCAUGGCGCCCGUUGAUAGUCCACGCAGCACAGCCCAAUCACGGCGGCCGAGGCGGGCACGCCGGGCAGGUAGAGGAGGUUGCUUGGUGCUAGUCGGUGCUUAGCUGCUUCUGUGCGUGUUUUGCUUCGGAAUGCGCUUCGCAUGCUGUCCUGCUGUUUUGGCGCUUGCGCUGUCGAUUAGGGCGCCGCCUCUUGUGUACUUUGAUGCGAUGGUGUCGUAUGCAUGCCAUGCCAUGCUGUGCCGGUUAGUGCCAUAUCAAAACGAAUGCUGCUUGCAUUAGCGGAUGUUGUUCACCCUGAGUUGCUUGACCCCGUCACGCUGCCAGCAACCGUAAGUUACUUGCCUGCUGCUUACCUUGGCAUUUCACCUGGAGGAGCCAUGUUGAUGCACCCGAGUAUUGCUUAAACAAUUGCCCUCGUUAGCGUUUGGAGCACGAUUGGGCUGGUAAGGGAUGGGUGUUGGCUCCUGCCUGCAACAUGUAAUGACAGCUUCUAGUCAAACGGCUGCAAAUUUUGAGAAAUGCGCCUGCGUUUGUGCUGCGCUUACGCCGUAUAUGCCAUGUAAACGUAAAGAAUGCC